UUAUAGACAAUGUUGGGAGCUAACGGUGUUAGCUAGUUCGCGUUCCUCAAUCGUGUAUCAGUAUUUCAUCAGUAUUAAGUGAAACAGUAUAAUAAAAACGUUUCAUUAAGUAUUUCGUUUUUAGGUACGCAUUACAAGUCGCGUAAAAUACGAUACACAUCUGCGAAUCGCGAUAUAUCACGUCAGAGCAACGAGCAACAUUAUACUGUCGCGACAUAUCACGCAAGCGUCACUCGUAUAAUUGUAUAAUUUACAAAGUGUAAUAUUAUAUAAAUAAUAUGUUUCAAUAACUUUAACGGGAUAGGUGAUAAUUGUUUCUCGCAGUAUUGCUAUAUCGACUUUUAUAGUAACAAUGGUAUAUUGGCUACUGAGGAAACGUUUCUUGAAAAGGUAUCCGCUCGUAUUUCAUUAAGAAAAAGAAUGCAUAUGCUCAUUGUUUCUCCAUAACAUGAAUUCUUUCCUUAGUAAAACAUGACAUUUCUUACUUGGUAAAGGACAACGUACUAUUACACAAACUUUAACAUUCUUAUACUAAUGUGCAUAUUUACUCCAUCAUUUUUAUAUUUCAGAUACUAAUAUUUCACGAUUAUUUAGGGAAAGUGUGGGUUAUAUAUGUAUUAAAAGAUACAGGAAAUUAUUUCUUUUGAAUAAAGAAAGAUUUCUUGCAACAAGUCUGUGGAAUUAAAUUUGAUCUAAGAAAGGAUUUACGACGAAAAGUUAUUAUAAACAACUGAUAACUACUAACAAUGAAAUCAAGUCACCUAUUAUUAGCAGCAGUGCCAUUCGCCAUCCUUGAUAUUUGGUACACAGGAAUAUUCUUAAUUUGGACUAUGAAGAUAUCUGCAGUAACAUACCUCAUUUUAGCUGGGCUUCUACCUAUAAUUUUCCACUAUUCCUAUACUAUACAAAAAAAAUUAUUAUUUUUAAAUUUUGUACAAUGGCCGCUUAAAACAAAUUUUUCUGACCCAGAAUCAGUUGGACUAGAAGGUGCUAGGAAUUUUUAUUUACAUACUGAUCAACAAGUAAAAAUAGGUGCAUGGCAAAUAUUACCACGGUCUUUACUAAAUAAUUCCAUUCCUGCAACAGACGAAGCUUAUCAAGAACUUCUAACUAAUUCCAAGCAUCCUGUGUUUUUGUACUUGCAUGGAAACAGUGGUAAUAGAGCAAGUUCACAUAGAGUUGAGCUUUACAAGCUUUUCCAAGACUUGGAUUAUCAUAUCAUUUGUUUUGAUUAUAGAAGCUAUGGGGAUAGUGAUGUAGUCGAAUUAUCCGAGAUGGGCGUGGUUAUGGAUAGCAAAUAUGUUCUUGAGUGGGUAUUGAAAAAAGUUAAUGGUACAGUACCAGUUUUCGUCUGGGGUCAUUCUUUAGGCACUGGAGUUUCUACACACGUGUUAGCAUUGCUAGCAGCUGAAAAUAUACAACCAACAGGUUUAAUUCUAGAAGCACCAUUUAAUAAUGUAGCUGACGAAAUAACAGAACAUCCAUUUGCACUGAUAUUCAAACAUUUACCAUGGUUCCAUUGGAUAAUUGUCGAACCCUUUUACAAAAAUAACCUACGAUUUGAGUCUGACAAACAUAUCGGCAAAAUUGAAUGUCCUAUUAUGAUAUUGCAUGCUGAAGAUGAUGGUGUGAUUCCAUUAUCUCUAGCGGAAAAGCUCUAUCAGGCGGCAAUGAAUAGUUCCGGAAAUGAUACAGAUCGAAUUCAAAUGAUAAAGAUCAAUUCGUCUUAUGGACUUGGGCAUAAAUAUAUUUGCAGAUACAAAGAAUUGCCUGGUAUAAUAAAGACAUUUGUCGCUAAAACAUAUGGAAAUCUAGUUGGAUAAUCAAACAACUAUAGAAACUCAGACUUUCAUUAUCAUCAUAAGAGAAUAUUCGAACUUAGUAUCAUUUAAUUUACAUAUGAAAAAGUUGAAUAUAUUUCUUGAAAAUAGUAAAAACAAUUUUCGUUAUUUAUAGAAAUUUUUUUUGUCUAUCAUAUAAAAUUCCUCGAAUAUUAAACAAUAUGUUUAUUUUAUAUCUAAUAGUGUUUUUCUGUUGAUUAUAUGUACAAUGAAGUAUUGAUGUUCAAAUAUUUGUGUACUCAUGUUUUAAUUAUGUGUAAAAUUUAGUUAAAUAUAUUUUUAUAUACGUGAUA